AAUGCCACAGGCCGUCAGCUGCAGACAGCGCCGCCUGCGUGGACCUGCAGCUCAGGACGUGCGGUGACGCGCCCUACAACCACACCACCUUCCCCACCCCACUGGAGCACCGGUCGCGGGAGGCGGUGGAGGCCAGCUCAGAGUACAUCCUGCUCAGUGUCCUGCACCACCUCCUGGAGGGCCAGUGCAACCCCGACCUGCGGCUGCUGGGCUGCGCCGUGCUGGCCCCCCGCUGCGAGGACGGCCGGGCGCGCAGACCCUGCCGGCGCGUGUGUGAGGGCCUGCGCGAGGCCUGUCAGCCCGCCUUCGACGCGAUCGACAUGGCCUGGCCCUACUUCCUGGACUGCCGCCGCUACUUCGCACGCGAGGACGAAGGCUGCUACGACCCGCUGGAGAAGCUUCGGGGAGGCCUGGAGGCGGUUGAGACGCUGCCCUCGGGGCUGCCACCCACCUUCAUCCGCUUUGCCCACCACUCCUUCACGCAGAUGGCACGCGUGCUGAAGCGCACGGCCGCCCACUGCGCCCACGUGGCCAGGACCUACAGCAUUGGGCGCAGCUUCGACGGCAAGGACCUGCUGGUCAUCGAGUUCUCGGGCCGCCCGGGCCAGCACGAGCUGAUGGAGCCCGAGGUGAAGCUCAUUGGUAACAUCCAUGGCAACGAGGUGGCAGGACGGGAGAUGCUCAUAUACCUGGCCCAGUACCUGUGCUCCGAGUACCUGCUGGGCAACCCUCGCAUCCAGCGCCUGAUCAACACCACCCGCAUCCACCUACUGCCUUCCAUGAAUCCUGAUGGCUACGAGGUGGCAGCUGCCGAGGGCGCCGGCUACAACGGGUGGACGAGCGGGAGGCAGAACGCACAGAACCUGGACCUCAACCGCAACUUUCCGGACCUGACGUCUGAGUACUACCAGCUGGCGGCGGCCCGCGGCGUGCGCACCGACCACAUCCCCAUCCCGCAGCACUACUGGUGGGGUAAGGUGGCCCCCGAGACGAAGGCUAUCAUGAAGUGGAUGCGGACCACACCCUUCGUGCUCUCCGCCAGCCUCCACGGGGGCGACCUGGUGGUGUCCUAUCCCUUCGACUUCUCCAAGCACCCCCAGGAGGAGAAGAUGUUCUCUCCCACGCCCGACGAGAAGAUGUUCAAGCUGCUGGCCAGGGCCUACGCCGACGUCCACCCCAUGAUGAUGGACAGGUCGGAGAACAGGUGUGGGGGCAACUUCCUGAAGAGGGGGAGCAUCAUCAACGGGGCGGACUGGUACAGCUUCACGGGAGGCAUGUCCGACUUCAAUUACCUGCACAGCAACUGCUUUGAGAUCACGGUGGAGCUGGGCUGUGUGAAGUUCCCGCCCGAGGAAGCCCUCUACACACUCUGGCAGCACAAUAAGGAGUCGCUCCUGAACUUCGUGGAGAUGGUGCACCGGGGCAUCAAGGGUGUGGUGAUGGACAAGUUCGGCAAGCCGGUCAAAAACGCCCGCAUCUCAGUCAAAGGCAUCCGCCACGAUAUCACCACAGCCCCAGAUGGUGACUACUGGAGACUGCUGCCCCCAGGGUCCCACAUUGUCAUUGCCCACGCCCCUGGUUACUCCAAGGUCAUCAAGAAAGUCACCAUCCCCACCCGGAUGAAGAGGGCUGGCCGUGUAGACUUCAUUCUCCAGCCUCUGGGGACGGGCCCCAAGAAGUUCCAUCAGGGGAUUCGGAGGACUGGGCCUCACGACCCACUGGGCGGGGCUGGCCCCCGGGGGGAGCCCGCGGAGCCUGGCCUGGACCCCCUGGCGGCGCGCAGGCAGCCCUCGGGCGGCGGGAGUAAGCCCUGGUGGUGGUCUUACUUCACGUCUCUGAGCCCGCACAGGCCUCGCUGGCUGCUCAAAUACUAGCCUCGCCCCUGCCCAGAGGUGGAGACCCAGGCCCCGUCUGCGUCCUGCUCCUGGCUCUUGGUUUUGUCCGCACAGACGCCACACACAGCCGUUGCCGUUUUAUUAAAGUGUUUUUUAUCCAC